AUGACCUAUCGAUACGGAAGGACAGAUAAACAGCGUGGGUACUGCGCUUUCGUUUGGCGAAAAGCGCUAUCGCCUACCGAGGACGUCUUCCCCUUAUCACUCUUACUGCGUGUGUUCGCUUUGGUCAGCAUGCAUCAUCGUUUCAAUUCUUUGCACAUACGAUACUGGACUCAGGUCAAGAAUCUUUUUAUGCAAGACAUAAAGGGGAGAGACUUUGUUAUAUCACCUGGAGAGCCAGAAUUACGUAUAUACCACAAGGCUGAGAACUUCUAUAAAGAUAUAAGAGGAUAUGAGGCCAUCGUUUGGUCUAUAAGUAGGGCUUUUGCUACCACCACCGAACUGAAUUGGCCAAACAGAGCCAGUCUGUCCUUGCCAAAUAAAGUCGCUCCUUUAAUACCCUCGACUGGUCACUACGCUCCUUUGGAAAACUCCUUCAUCAAAAUGAAAAGUCAAUUCUUUACUUCUGUUGGCAUCUUUGCCGCUUCUGCUUUCGCUCAGGCUGUUAUUGACAGCGGAACUGGCUUCGGAACCUACUACUACGAUAUCGAGCAGGUUGAGGCUUGUGGUACCAGCUUUGCCAACCAGAACCUCGGCUUUGUUGAAUGCAACUUCUCGACUGGCCUUUCUCUCAAUGAGAUCGAUAGCAACUAUCUGGUUGCUAUGAACCACACACAGAUUGCGGGAAACCUGGCAGAGUACUGCGGCAAGCGGGUUGUGGUCACUGUCAAUGGCGUCAAGUCGGACCUCCCGCUGUUCAUUGGCGACGGAUGCCAACGAUGCGGCACGGGCUCCCGUACCAACACUGUCUGGAACCCCAACGGCGCCCCUGGACUGGACUUCAGCUACACCGUCCUGAGUGAGCUCAACAGCAAUGCAUGCUUCGCCGGUCACAUUGACAUCUCUUGGGAGAUUGUUGAUGAGACCCUCUACGACUUCGACACCAAUGCUCCUGGCCAACCCACCGGCCCUGUGAAUCAGCGUCGCUCUGUGAGCCAACGAUCCGAGAGGACUACUCGCCGACGCCGUUGA